AGCUGGUUUUGUAACAAACAGCACAACCCCAACAGCCAAAACCAUAGCUGCUUUUGCAAGAAAGAGCACAACUCCAACAGCUAAUACCACAGCUGGUUUUGCAACAAGCAGCACCACUUCAACACCUAGUACAACAGUUGGUUUUGCAAGAAACAGCACCAGUCCGCCAGUUCAUGUAACAACAGGUUCUGUAACAAAGAGCACAACUACAACAGCUAUUACAACAGCUGGUUCCAUAAAAAACAGCACCACUCCAGCAGCUAAAGGAGCAACUGUUUCUCCUACGACCCCAAGACCAAAACCUGCAACACCGAUUCCAACCCUAUCAACAUCUGUUUCUCCCGUGACCCCAAGUCCUAAUGCUGAAUUUGCACUGGCGAUGUCAUUUAAAAUUCUACUCACCUUUGACCAAGAUUUGGCUAAUUCAUCAAGCUUAAAAUUCAAAUCAUUAAAAACAGAAAUGGAAGCAAUUCUCACUGCAAAUUACAAGAAUUUAAAUGGUUUUGUUAGAGUCUAUGUCAUUCGCUUCAGGAGUGGCAGUGUGAUUACAGACUUUGUACUGGAGGCAAACAGUGUGAGUCCCACUGAGAUUGCCACAAUGAACAGUAAGGUUGCAGUGGAUCUUCAGGCCCAGGGUUACAGUGUUGACCGAAGUUCCUUCGGUGGAGUUGUUCAAGGAAAUCAGCCUUUUAUAAAGAACUAUGAUAUUAUAUAUCCUGGUACCACUUUGCAGCUGACUUGUGUGGUUCCAGUAACUAUGCAAAUGGAAACUGGAUCAUGGUCCGUGAAUGGUCUGCCGGUGUCAAACAAUGCAAAGUAUUCAAUCACCAAUUCACCUCCCACACUGACUGUUCAGGACAUGAGCGGUGACGACAGCGGAAUAUACACGUUCACAAUGACUCAGUCGACCUUGACAUUCACCCGCACGGAAUCCAUUUCAGUGACAGAUGUUGUUCCUCCCAUUAUUCAGCUGAACAUGUUAGCAACUAAUGUUCCAUGUGGAGCAAAUGAAAAUAUCCCAUUGGAGUGUUGUGUUACAUACUACCUAAUUAAAAACAUUACAGCAAAAUGGAUGGACGGUUCUGUCGAAAUACCCUCUGUACAGACCACAACAAACAUGCUAUGUGUCAGUGCUGCAUACCCAGUACCAAAGCAAUGCAAUACAAAGGAACUCACAUGCCAAGUGAUUGUCAAGAAAGCAUCUACAACUCAAACAUUCACAGAUGAUGUAACGCUAAUGUUUUUCAGUGGAGCGACUAACUGUGAUGACACAACAUACGGUGCUGGUAUGAAUGGAAAUACGGCUACUGUGCUUUGCCCAGCCAGUUUUACAGGAAACAGGACUGCAGUUUGUGAAAAUGGGAAUUGGAACCUUCAGGAGGACAAUUGUGUCUUCAGCCCAAUAGUGACACUAGCGUUGUUUUCUGAGAAUCUGAGUUCAACUAAUGUAUCAUCAUUUGUGAAUGACCUUAAGACAACCACUACCAGUUUUAAAUCAAGCAUAACACAGUCAUCAGCCACCAUUUCCUCUAUUGUGAACAUACUUGACAACACUGCAAAAGUUUCAGAAAAUUUAAGCAAAACUUCAAUGCAAGAUGUUUUGGAAACAGUAUCAAUUUUGGUGUCACCCCAAACUCAGCAAUCCUGGGCAGGACUGAACAGUAACAACAGAACCCAAAGCACAAGCUCUACUUUACUGGAAUCAAUAGAAAACAUUACACAUGGUUUAUCAAGCAAUUCCUUUACAAUUAGUACAACAAACAUUCAGUUAAUCAAAACAACAUUAACAUUCCCUUUCAAUGAAAUCUUGAAUUCAUCUCAAGUAUUCAUCCCAAGUCAAGGUCUUCCAAACAACACGACUAUCACAACAAUCGUCUUUACGACUCUUGACUUUGUCUUACCUGCAAGGACCACUGGAAACAGUACGAAUAACUCCAUCAAUGGAAUUGUCAUGUUAGCCUAUAUAAACGAAACCAUAAAUAAUGUUUCGCUGACAUUUGAUAAAACAAACAAAACAAAGGGAAACAACCAGUGUGUUUUUUGGAACUUCAAACUUUUUGAAGGCACCGGAGGCUGGGACUCUACUGGAUGUCAACUGGAUUCUGAAACGAAUGUCAGUGUCACCUGUUCCUGUAACCACCUGACUUCCUUUUCGAUAUUAAUGUCACCUUUCGUACCUGAAUCCAUUGAGGUUGCUCUGAAUUACAUCACGUACAUUGGAGUCGGCAUAUCAAUGGGAUGUCUGGUCUUAUGCCUUAUAAUUGAAGCAUUUGUAUGGAAAGUUGUCACUAAGAACAGCACGUCACACAUGCGACACGUCACUGUAGUGAACAUUGCUCUGUCUCUGCUGAUUGCUAACAUAUGGUUCAUCAUUGGAGCAGCGGUGUCAAACGUAGGCCAGAGCACACCGGAGAAAGCAUGCAGUGCUGCAACCUUCUUCAUUCACUUCUUUUAUCUUGCCUUGUUCUUCUGGAUGCUGAUCUCAGCUCUCUUCCUCUUCUACCGUACCAUGAUGGUUUUCUCCCACAUGUCAAAGAGCACUAUGAUGGCCAUCGCCUUCUCAGUGGGCUACGGGGCACCACUCAUCAUUGCCAUAAUCACCAUUGCAGUCACCGCCCCCAAAAAUGGCUACUUCAGGCAAGAUGAUGCAUGUUGGUUGAACUGGUACCAGACUAAGGCCCUCCUGGCAUUUGUGAUUCCAGCCUUGACUAUUGUCAUUGUGAACCUGUUCAUUCUAAUCGUGAUUCUGUUUAAACUACUGAUGAGGGGUGUUGGUGAGAACCGUCAGUCUGAGGAGAAGAAUGCUCUGGUGGUCAUCGCAAGGUGUGUCGCCGUUUUGACUCCCUUCUUUGGCAUCACCUGGGGACUUGGCAUAGGGACCAUGGUGGCACCCGCAAAUCCCGGAAUCCACAUUACAUUUUCAAUCUUCAAUUCACUUCAGGGGUUCUUCAUUUUAGUAUUUGGGACUCUUUUAGACAGCAAAAUUCGAUCAGCAGUUGUUGGAAGAUUUUCAUUUUUGCGUUCAUUAUCUAGCCGAACAAGGAGCACAAGUGCUGGUCCAUCUUUGUCCUCUUUGGCUGAACGUUUUAGGCGAAGGAGACAAAAUGUUUUUGCUUCUGAUUCUUCAACAAGUCUGAGGGCUUCUGAGGCGUUUAUCAGUGCUUAGCUGCCUGGCUGGUCAACUGAUGCUGUGAAUAUCUGAAAUGGUUUUUCAAAAUAUAAUAGAUAAUAGCUAAAAAAUAAUAACAAUGAUUUAACAUAUAACAUAAAAGGAUUUUUAGAUUUUUUUUCCCCCACCAGCUCUUAAUUAAAUAGGAUUUUAUAUGGGUUUUGUUUUUUUUAUUACUUUGUCAGUUACAGAUUUAUCUAUUUUUUCUGUGAACAUAAACACUAUUCAAUCACUUAUUUUAGCAGCAAUGUUAUUCUGUCUAGAUUUCUAAAAUGGAAAUUCUGCAAAAAGAAACGUCUUGAUGAAGUACAAUGAAAUAUGUAUAAUUCUGUCUUGUUCAUCUCAUUGCGGUCAUUAUUCAGCAUAUUUUAAUAGUGUAAUAUAGUAACAAUAAAAUAAGCAAUUUUCUUUUUCAUAUUUUGGGCUGUGUAACAUUAUGCAUAAUAAAAUGAUUACCAUUCAAA